GAGAGAAUUGGCAUACUUCUCUAAUGAUGAAACACUUGUUUAUUUUUGUCGUGAACGCAGUGUCAGUACUGUGUGUUUUCAGUUAUCCAAGUUAUCUCGCCAAUAUACCAGUUAAUGAUGUGCCAUUUUUGUGUAGAGAUAACUUUAACGAAGAGUACGCAUAUAGGACAGAAUACAUAGGACAUGAAUUAUGUGAUCGUGAAACUCCUAAAUUCUCAGAAAGAAACGCCUUCGGUAUUGACUUUAGUUCAAACAAUCAUAACUGGACUGCCAUUUGCCCUAUUGAUUCAGACGGUGACGGAAGGUCCAAUGGGAAGGAGAUGGGAGAUCCAAAUUGUGAAUGGACACCGAGCGUAACUCUUACGCUAACCGCAGUUAGUCAUCCAGGAUACCCGGAAACUGCUGAAACAUCAAACAACGGUACAAGAUACAUAGGAGAUUGUUCACAUAUAAACAUGGGAUGCUUGAACGCCUUCAAGUAGCAAUCAUGAUGCGUUUUCAAACGCUUCCUUAUCAAGAAGUCCAUUAUUAUUUUAUGUUAAUGUUAUCACGUAUUGUUUCCAUAAAAUAAUUUAUUAAAAAUUGUGCGUCUA